AUGGCAAUGACGUCGGCCCCUCGCGUCGCAUCGCUUCUGCCAAGCGCAACAGAGAUCAUGGGACACCUCAAGUUGCAGCACUUGCUGGUCGGUGUAAGUCACGAGUGUGACGUGGCACCCGAAAAGGAGGACAUGGAUGCGCUGAUAUCGAGUGGGAAGUGCGUCUGCCUCACAACCUCGGAGAUUAACCCCAUGGUCAUGUCGCAAGAUGAGAUCAACACUGCAGUGAUUGGGUCGCUGCGCAUGGGUGAUUCCUUGUAUGGCAUCAACAGCUCAGAGUUCCGCAGAGCCAAGCCGACGGUGGUUCUCACGCAAGCCCUCUGUGAUGUCUGCGCGCCCUCCAGUCGCCAAGUUGCCGGAGCCCGGGAGCUCAUCGAAGAGGAGAUGGUCGUCGUGAACCUAGAGCCCCACUCCUUGCGAGAUGUGGCCGACACCUUUGCUACCGUUUCGGAGGCCGUGACCGGCUCCACCAAAACCG